CUGAUAGCUGGCAGAAUAAUGAGACUCUGGCAGCUUAGUAAAAGGUCACAAAAAGCCAGACAACAGCUAUCAUGAGCUCCACGCAGUCAAACUCCUCUGCAAAUGUGACCUUUGUUCGUCCUGCAACAUUUUUCAUCAAUUCUAAUAUUCCACAUGCAAAAUACUACUAUGUGUUCUUGUCUUUGGUGUAUGUUGUGACUGUUUUAGGGAAUUCAUUUAUCAUGUAUAUCAUUUAUUUGGCCCGCAGACUUCACACAGCUAAAUACAUGGCUGUUUUCCAUCUGGCCCUUGCUGAUCUGUGUGUAAGCUCGGCUUUGAUUCCAAAAGUAAUAGACACAUUUUUAUUUGAGCACCAUGACAUUUCAUAUGAAGCAUGCUUGGAAAAUUCAUUUUUUGUAUAUCAUUUCAUGAACGUGGAGUCUUUGACACUACUUGUCUUGGCUUAUGACAGACUGGUUGCAAUUUGUUUUCCUCUACAUUAUCAUGCCAUUGUAACAAGAAAAACAAUGUUUCUGAUCAUAGGUGUAAUGUGGAUUUUUUCUGUGACACAGUUUUCUGUACUUACAGCUUUGGUGAAUAGACUCUCUUUUUGUAUAUCGAAUGUGAUUGAUAGUUAUUUUUGUGAUCAUGGCAUCAUCUAUAGACUAGCUUGUAAUGAUAAUUCUAUAAAUAUUCUGAUGGUAAAAAUUAAUUUUGGUCUCCUGAUUUGCACACCGCUGAUACUGAUCUUCAUCUCAUAUUUCUGCAUUGCUCUGGCUUUGCUUAAGAUUGCUCAUGGUGCUGAACGGAUCAAAGCCAUGAAAACCUGCACCUCACAUCUCAUGUUGGUGGUAAUCAGUUAUAUCCCAAUUUUAUGCAAUCAUAUUGCAUCCUUUACAACACCUAUCCAUCCAAACACCCGGUUCAUUAACAAUUCCCUGACGCAGACAAUACCACCUAUGCUGAAUCCCAUCAUAUACACUCUAAAGUCAGACGAGGUCAUGCAAUCAAUAAAAGAACUGUAUAAACGAAACAAGGUGAACACUACAAAAAGAAUGAAAUGUAGUAGGAGAAAUUCAAAACAAAAAUUACAGGUUUGAACCUAAUCAUCUGUGAUCAUUCAACAAAUAUCUAUUUUAACAGAGUUGACUGAUUUUGUAUGUUUGAUUUUGUAACAGAAACUGUGUUGUAAACAGGCCAAAUAUGUUUAAAACCUCAGCAGAGCUGCUUUGUGAUUGCUUCCUUUGUUUGAUAACAACAUAUAAAAAAUUUCAGAUUUAGAAUUUAUUCUGCAUCAUGUUUGUUAUCCUGAUGAACAAACAUAUUCACAUUUCAGAAUAUAUUGAUGUCUUGAAUGAAUCUUUAGCUGGCAUUUGUUUGAGCUCUGAUGACUGUGACCCACAGACAGUUUCUGAAUUAAAUAUCCAGGGAUUGACUUUUUUUUUUGUUUGUUUUUUGAGAGUGAUCCUAGAAGUUGUAAUGGAAGCAUGUGUUUCAGGGAACUAAAUUAUUAUCUUAGACUUUGUUUAUUUAACAAAACAAAAGCAAAAAACCCAAAAAACACUAUACAGAAACCCAGAAUACAGUAUACAUGGUAAAACACAAUAACAUACCAGACGGAAUGCAACAACUAAUUGAUAAUGAAAAGUCUUGAUUACACUUGUCUGUGCACUGUGCAUGAAGAAAGUCCAUGAGUAACAUCAAUUUACAGCAGUUACAUUGGUUCUAUGGUACAUUUAUGGAAUGUGUGAUCACGGCUCUCUCCCCUCUAAAAUGAGUGGAGCUGAUCAUGUUUAAUUCAGGAAGUCUCAAGUUUAACCAUGACAGAUUCCUGCUUAUCAAACACCCAGAAUCCCCUUCUUAGGAAAUGGAGUGGGCUUUAUUGUCACAUGGUCCCACCUUUUGCAGGGGGAAUCUCCCAGCCUGUAAUUUACUUUCCCGCUGAAUUUGAGCCAAGAGUUUUCUGUCUUUGAGCGUUCUCAGGAAACACUCAGGCUGAUGGCUGUGGCCUUAGCAGUGUGCCAACUGGGACUGAUUGAUGUUCUCACCCAGCACGGACGGCACCCCUUGGAAAACCCUUUGAAGUGUGUUUAUAAGACUUGUGAAAUAGUUGUCAAAUUCAUGAGUUCACACUUACAUAUAAUUAAGUAGAGUAAAGGUUAUGCAUAUUUGGUGUGCUGUCCGGGGGUGGGGGCACUUGUUGUUAAUUGAGUUGA